GGGAACUGGGCUGUUUGUUUCAACUGGCGCAGCCGGAUGUGUGGUUCCCCUGGACUACAACUCCCAUGAGCCCCUGCAAUCAAAGGCCGGGGGGGAGAGUGAGAAGGGAACUCACAGCCCAGAAAUAUCUGGAGGGCCGCAGAGUCCCCAACCUGGUUUUAAAAAGUGAAAACGCAAGACACUGGAGGUGUUUCUCUGUCAGGCAAGCUCAAGGGAGAGCAAAAAGCAUCCGCACUGCAAAACAAAAGCCCCCUUGGAGGGUCCGGAUCCAGUGGGUGACCUCCAGAAGCCUCCUCCUGCAGCGGCUCCAGCAGCCAUCCUUCAGCCAGCAGCUCAUUGGCUUGACUACUUUCAGCCCACAAAAUGUGGCAGGUGAGGACCAUCAUCCUGAUGAGGAGAAGGAAGAGGUGGUGGUUGGUUGGCAAGAGAAACUCUUUAGUCAGUUUGAGGUGGAUCUCUACCGGAAUGCCUCUGCCUGCCAGAGCCCCCUCGACCGCCAGUACCACCAGGACAUCCGGAAGAUGGAAGAGACCGGAGGUCGGAGGAACUCCCGCAUCUUCACCUACACAGAUCAUGACCGCUUCACCGACCUGGAGGAGCACUGCCAGCGGGUGACCACGUCCCCUCAGGACGUCCCCUCCUACUUGGCGGAGAGAAUGGCCAACGUCAGGCAGCGGCGGCGACAGGAGCCCAGGAGGCCCCUGGAAGGAGGGGGCCUGAAAUCCCACAUCAUCAACUGGGAGCCCUCCAAGGAGUUUGUCCGGAACAGCCACGUCCUCAACACCCCUGUGCAGACCAUGUACAUCAUGGCAGACCUGGGACCCCCCGGCAAACUUGGCUCCAGGGCGUACGAACGCGUGCUCUGCACCAUCAAGGCGGACAGCAACGGCGUCCUGACCAUCAGGCCGGACUUCACGGGCACCAAAGGUCCCUACAGGAUUCAACCAGAAGGGGAGAAGCGAGACGUGUGGACCUUCACACUGGAGAACGCCUCGUCCCCAGCGGGGGAUGAGGAGGAGGACCGGGAGCAUCACAUCUUCAAGGACCUGUACAGCCGGCACAAGGAGUACCUCGAGGGUCUCGUUGGCUCUGACUUUGAGAUGACUGUUCCCGGGACUCUCCGGCUCAUUGUUAACGGGGAAAUCGUUUCCGCCCAGGGCUACGAGUAUGACAACCUCUACGUCCACUUCUUCCUGGAGCUGCCCAGUGGCUGGUCGUGUCCCCCUUCCCAGCAGCUCUCCAGAGUGACGCAGACCUGUGCUACCAAGACACAUGGCAGGGACCGGGUGGCCUUCUUCUCCUUCCCUUUCACCCUGGAGCUGUUCCUCAGCCAAGAGGAAGAGUCGGAAGGAUCCUUCCCCUCAUGGCCUGUCCUGUACUUCGAGGUCCUGUCCUUGGAUUUUUGGCAGAGGUACCGCGUCGAGGGCUACGGCUUUGUGGUGCUCCCGUCCACGCCAGGGACUCACACUGAGACAGCUUCCACUUGGCGCCCUGUGGAGCCAGGCACCCUCUCGGAGCUGCAGAGAUUUUUCAUCGGGGGAUCCCCAGAACUGGAGGACCUGACCUACACCCGUGUGCCGUGCACCUUCACAGGCGACCGCCUCAGUCGGUUUGGCUUCCGCACAGAAACGACGGGCAGCGUCACCUUCCAGCUGAACUGCUUGCAGCAGUCGAGGGCUUUCCUGGAAUCCAGUUCCAUGAGGAAGCGCAUGAAAAGCGUCCUGGACCGGCUGGGGGGCUUCAGCCACCACGGCUCCCUCUACAACAUCCUGGAGGCAUUCCAGCGGGCCCGGCGCCGGAUGCAGGAGGCCAGGGAGAGCCUCCCACAGGACCUGAUCCGUACAUCCGCCUCCUCCACCCAGGCAGUAGGGAGAGAGGCGUCCUGAGAAACUGGUGGCCAGCCAACUCCUUGAACCCUCCUCUUAAGAAGGGGGAGGAACCUCCGUGGUGCCACCCGCCCUCUUCGGCCUGUGGUUUCUCCUUGACUCUCAAGACCGGGAGGCGGCUGGACCUGGAGGGUGAAGGGACCAGGAGCCCCAGCUCUCCACUUGUCCUUUGGGGAACGAACGGUCAGACCCUCCUCCAAGACCAUGGAAAGCCUGGCUCAGGCACCCCUCCAGCUGCCAGCAGGAACUCUUAUCUCCGAUUGCUCUUCCUGGAGAAGCAAGUGAGCUUCAUCCUCAUCCUGCAUGGCCAGGCCCUUCCCGGCACAAGUGGAACCCAAAGAGCCCCUAUGCGGCCUAACUGAGAACCCCCCCCAAAGGUGACCGUUGGGGGCUGUGGGGCUACAGAGACCCACCGGGAAGCUGCAGGAGCCCUGCCGGCUGGAGCGAAAUGGGACCCCAGGAGAGCAGAGCCACCCUCUGUCAGGCUGGUGAGAAAAGAACAUCCUUUGAUGGCAGUCGGGGCUGGCUCUGGGGGUAUAGAGGAGGAUCCCGGGAGGGUUCUUGCCAGCCUCCCUGCCCAUCAAGCCAGCCUCCGCUGGGUCACCUCCCUCUGGCCUCUGCUUGACUAUCCCCAGAGGAGGCAGAGCAGACACAUAAACUGGCAGGUCGCGUGGAAGGCGAAUCAAGACACACCUCACAGGCUGAUUGUAAGGAAGAGGGUGUGCGUCACAGGACUGUGGCUUGCCUGUCCCCUGCAGUC